AUGACCUUCACGACCCAAAAAGGAUCCGAGUCUGCCCAUGUCGAGAAGGCUCAGGAUCUCACGACGCUGGAAAGUAACGAUGAAAAGAAUGCCCAUGAUGCUACCGGCACGCUCUCCGAGGAGCACCGGGAGUACCUCAUGCGCCGUCACGGCACGCUGGAUCUUGAUCCAAUACCCAGCAGGGACCCAGCAGACCCUUACAACUGGAAGCUAUCAAAGAAACUCAUCAACCUCCUCCUGGUUGCAGUGCAUGCAUUCAUGGGCACCUUCAUGGCUUCUGGCGUCAUUCCGGCCUAUGCUUCCAUGGCUGAGGACCUCAACGUCUCGCUCCAACGCACCUCCUAUAUGACUUCGCUGCAGAUCGCCGUGCUGGGCGGCUCGCCGCUGCUCUGGAAGCCCCUCUCGUACCGGUUCGGCCGGCGCCCUAUCUUCCUGCUGUCGCUGCUGUGUAGUUGUAUCUGCAAUAUUGGCUGCGCGAAGAGCCCCGAUUACGCAUCCAUGGCCGCCUGUCGUGCCCUCGUUGCUUUCUUCAUCAGUCCUGCCAUGGCUAUUGGCAGUGCUGUCGUCACAGAAACCUUCUUCCGUCGAGAGCGUGCUCGCUACCUCGGCGUGUGGACCGUCAUGGUCACCCUGGGCGUGCCUUCGGGUCCAUUCCUUCUCGGCUUUGUCACUGAGCGUGUUGGAUGGCGCUGGAUCUUCUGGGUGCUUGCCAUCGCCAAUGGAUGCCAAUUCAUCCUGUACUUAUUCCUGGGUCCUGAAACCCGCUACGUCCCUGCCGAGGCGGCCUCUUCGCCUUCGUCCGUUUUCAAACGCGAGUACCUCUCCUUCCGCCGGAUCGACCCAACACCACUGCGCAUCCUGGACUUCUUCUACCCGUUGCGCCUCUUCACCAACAUUCCUGUGAUCGUGGCUACUGUUGCAUACUCGAAUACCUUUCUGUUUGCCAGUGUGAUGAACUCGGUCGAGGUGCCGCAGUUGCUGCAAGCCAAGUUCCACCUCAACGCAGAGCAGAUCGGUCUACAGUUUCUUGGACUGAUCAUCGGGUCGCUCUUGGGCGAGCAGAUGGGUGGUUUCAUGUCCGACAUGUGGAUGAACUUCCGCGCUCGACGUAUCGGCCGCAGACCUGUACCCGAGUUCCGCCUCUGGCUCAGCUACGUCGGCUUCCUUCUCACAAUCGCAGGCAUGGUUGUCUUCCUGGUCUGCACAGAGCAGGCUCCCAGCGGCCAUUGGGUGGUGGAUCCGGUUGUCGGUACUGCCAUCGCUGCCUUUGGCAACCAGGUCAUCACGACAGUCCUCACCACCUACGCCGUUGACACUGACCCGCAAAAUGCUGACAGCGUAGGCGUCUUUAUCAACUUUGUCCGGUCCGAGUGGGGAUUUAUCGGGCCAUUCUGGUUCCCACCGAUGUUUGAGAAUGUUGGCAUUGCCAAGAGCUCUGGCAUCGUCACCGCAAUGGUCAUGGGUGCUGGUUUCAUACCGAUUGCCUUGGUGCACUGGCAAAGUUAUCGGUUCCGCAAGGAUGUGUCAGAGACAUGA